GCAGCCCGUAACGUCGGUCCAUACCGUUUCCGCUCUCUUGUCCUAUUAGCGCAAAAAGUAUCGUAAACUUUUUCCGAAACUUUUCGAAAAAUUGUGUAAAUUGAGUGUUUUUUUCUUGGUAAUUGAAAUUAUUAAUGGGUUGUAGUGUUGAAUAAUGUUAGGACAGUUAAGGACUAAAAGUUGUCCGAAAAAGGAUUUUGGUAAACGAUGCCGGAAUUUGACGUGAAUCGGUGAAGAUGCCGCGAGACAAGGAGUACAUAAGAAGAAGGCCUUUUGGACCACAGGCUCACGUGAUGGGCACCAAGCCCUGGGAGAGCAUCGCCAGAGGCCUGUCGUUCCCGCGUUGCCUCCUCGCACCCCUAGCAACUCCUUUCUACCGUUUUCUGGCCAGAUUCUCAGGAAGAAGACGAACGACGAUAUCGUACCACAAAAAGUACCCGCCCCCCUGGCAGUUUUUAGUCUUACAAGUAGUAUUAGUUUCAUCUUUAGUUAGUAUAGUAGAGGCGUGCUCGUCGCGCAGUACCCCAAAGCCAAGGCCUCCGGCGCCCACCCCGCGGCCUAAUAUCACAUUCCUGACGUACCCCUGUCCCCCGGCGUACGCCGCGUGGUUCUGUCUGAACGGCGCCACCUGUUUCACAGUCAAAAUCCAAGAUAGUUUGCUCUACAAUUGCAUGUGCGCGGAAGGCUAUCAAGGAUCAAGAUGCGAAUACAAAGAUCUGGAUGGGUCUUAUAUGCCAUCGCAACGCCGCUUCAUGCUCGAAACCGCCUCGAUAGCAGGAGGAGCCACCAUCGCAGUCUUCUCGGCCGUCAUCCUUUGCUUGGCCUCAUACCUCAGAUGGCGCAGGCGCAAAAAACAACCCUCAACCACCGACCAAGUUGACGGUUUGCCCCGCUUGCGACCGCCGAUAUUCGGAGUGCGACCACAAGGUCAAAAUCUGGUCCCUAUACAAAACAGUCGUUCGAGUCCGUUCCGAGGCAGCAACAAUAACGUUCCACCAACGCAUGAGCCUAAUUUAUUGCCUGGGGUGGUGGAUGGGGCGGUUAGGGGGAUGCCGCACGAUCGGGGCGGGGGGGAUCACCCCCCCGCCACUGUGCUAAGAGGCGAGCCGCCCUGGGGUGUGUGAAAACCUCAUGAAAAUUAAUGGCAAACAAGGAAACUGUAAAAUAUUAAUAAAACAAAUUUACAAAAAAAAAGGCACUUUGUUAUACGCAGCAGCUUAUUUUAUCAAAAUCUUUCCUUCCUUGAACAGCAAAAAAACAUUUAUUCACAAUCUGUAGUCUAAAGGUACAGGUAAAUUUUAUCACCUUUCAAUAAUGCUAUUUGAUAGGGAAAGGGGGAUAAUUUUACCUGUACCUUUGGACUAAAAAUUGUCAAUAGGAUAUAAGUUUUAUUAUUUAAUUUAUUUAUUCAUUCACGGUCGCUCUUGUCUUUAUUUGAUUUUUUCGUCUUUAUACUUUUUUAUCUUUGUUUUUGAGGUCGGUUGAUGUAUAACCAAAUCUAGAAGGGUGCAAUUUUAAAUCUUUUAGACCUGGUUUUUCAAUAGCGAGUCAAUUCCGGGUUGGUUUUAACUUCAGGGUAAGCAUUUCCAGUUGCUGGAGUUACGCUUAACCCGGGGGUCACUUGCUAUUUGAGAAACUGGCCCUUAGCUAAGCAGAAACGAACAUUUCUCACCAAAUUUACAGUGCAUUAUUCGCUCCUGCUUAUUUCAAACCAAUAAAGCUCAACUACUUGCACCCUUAAUAAUUACAUUGUUGUUUUCUUUUUAAAUUAUUUAUAAUAUUACAAAUUUUAAAAAAAUAUUCUGGUUAUAAAUUUUAAAUCGAUUAUAAAUUUGCCCUUGUGUGUCCCGUCUCGAAUAUAAGCCUCGUCCCCCUCUUUGUCCCUUCUUCGAAUAAAUUCAAAAUCAAAUGUAUAGCAAGUCUGAUUAAAUAUGUAAGGCUGAACUAAAUAGUAGUAAUUAAUAUUGUGUAAAUAUUGUACCUAAUUAAUGAGGUAUUUCUCUUUUUUUAUAACGAACAAAAUCGCAGUGGUGUGAUACAUUUUGCAUGGAGGGUUAAUCAAAACACACAUGUAUUAUAUUGAUUAUUCAAAUUAACUGUAUAUUGAUUUUUGCACAGUUGUUAGGCCAAUCUGAUUAACUUUGUAUUGUUUCAAAUCUGCCCAAAAAGCAAUAAUACUUAAUAAUUGUAAUUAUUGGUUUUGGGUCUAGAAAUGAACCAAUACAAAAAGUGGAUAUCAGUAAAUUCUGCUUGGCCUGGGCCCAUAACCUUCGAGCUCCUGUAACAUGGAAAUUUGUGGCUUAUUUGAGGAAUUGCAUAACGGGUUAUGGGUCCAUAAAUAUUCAUUGUAACAAGAAUUUUCCAAAGUGUGUGUUUUGAUUAUCAAAUUUUUCAAAAAAAGAAAAAACCUCCAGCUCAUAUAAUAUACCUAUAUACAUAAAUAAUAAUUUUGUUACAUUCCCGGAUGUAGAUUUUUCUAACUAAUGAUGCCUCGCCUGUGUAACUUUUUUUUUUUUUUUGUUAUGAUUGUUAACUUGUUGUAUUUUCGCCUUUAUUUUUUCUGCAUCGUGUGAAUCGGAUUUUCAAUCCGACAUUACUAUUUUAUAAAUGUUGUAUAAAUGUAGAUAGAAAAAUAUGGCAUUCGAAAAAAAGGUAUCGUUAUUCCACUAAUACAAGGUUGCAAAGGAAUGUAAUUUCAGGGUAUAGAGAGACACGCAGCUUCAAACUGUCACACUAUACUGUCAGAAUUUAUAUUUUUUUGAGCCACCCUGUAUAAGCAGCAUUUUCUGUUUCAAUAAUAAUUAUUGGCAAUAAUCACAUGUAAUUUAAGCAAAAAAUUAAUUAAGUAAUAAUAAUUAAUAUAUAAGCACCUGGUUCCUAAUAAAAAAAAAAACAUAUUUUUUAGUAAUUAUUAUUAUUCGCUCCGUAAAUAAUGUGCACACUAUAUAUAUUAUUAUAAUGAACCCUUAGUUAAUCCUAUGAUUAACUAACCCUAGGGUUUACGCAAUUUUUUUGUCAAGUGAACGCAAAUUUACUUUAGUCUCAUUUUACACACUCCCAGUUAAGCUGCAAAAUUUAUAUAAUUUAAACCAUGAUAAAGUAUUACCUAAAGUAUUUUUUUAUACCUUGUAAGUUAUUUCGAAAAAGGGCUGAAACCCUCCUUCCUCCUGAUCACACACACACGCGCGCGCUUAUUGUUUUAUUUUGUGUAUUUUUUCGAUUUGUAUAUACUUUACCUUUAUUAGAAAAAUGUUAGGGUACUUUGUUUAUUAUUUCCACAAGUAAUUUGUAAUAUUUAAAAUUAAAGAAAUUAUGAUGAAAUAUUAA